AUGCGGAAACAAAGAAGAAAGAUCAAGGAUAGCUUGCAAAGAGACCCGACAGUGCGUCACAUGCAUAAUUAUUUGAAGUUUGUGGUUCAACGUGGGAAGAUGUUUUAUUUGAAGUGUAUCGUAUUUUGUGCUGCGAUGGCGAUUGUUAAAGGCAAUGAAAAAGCCAUCGACCUUCUAACUCCACUUGCCGCGGCUGGCAAAGGUGUGUACACAACAACUGAAGGUGUGAUAUAUUCUCUACCAGUCCAAGGAUUAAACGCCUCCGUUCAGGCCACCAAAUACUUCCCCAAACCGAUGACACAAUUUGCAAUAAGCGCUGUGUUCAAAAUGCAAUCUGCCAAUGGGACAAUUUUUGCAAUCUCGACUGAUCAAGACAUAUUGUUUGGACUGCAAGUCCAGACGUACGGAGACAACCGAACAGGAAUCUCUUUGGUAUAUAUGGGUGAUCAUGGUAUCACGGAGUGCUAUACGUUUAACAGUACUAAUAGCCUAAGCAAAUGGUUUUCUUUGAUAUUUUUUGUGAAAGAGCACACACUCACCGUAUAUGAUGACUGUGUAUUCGCCACAGAAGAUCGCCUUUCUGUGACAGUAAACCUUGCCUUUGCCCAAGAAUCCAUCUUGACAUUAGGGCACGAUAAAAAGAGCUGGAACUAUAAUUUCAAAGGCUAUAUAACGGACCUGACCGUUUACGACAUGUCUGUAUUUGAUAUUUCUAAGAUUGUUACCGACUGUACUGAGGCCUUCUGGGUUGAGUGGUAUAACAACUUGUUAAACGAUCCAGAUCAAGCUGGUACAUACACAACACAAAGCCAGAUCAUAGACGACGCACUUAGUUCCAGUGGCGAAUUACCAACAGAUGAGGAGGAUGAGGCACUUAGUUCCAGUGGCGAAAUACCACCAAAUGAGAAGGAUGCGGUAGAGGAUUAUUUAGGCGUCGAUCUUCUCUCGGCCAUGAAUACGUCUGAAUUAGGAACAUUUGAAGCAAUCAACGGCGAAAUAUACUGUUUAGAAAACCAAUCAUUUACGAUAUCAAAACCAGCAAGUGACUUUUUUAUAAAACCGAUGUCAUCCUUUAUGGUUCUCGCUGUGUUUAGAAUGCAAUUUACUUGGUCAACACUUUUGGAAUUGUUCUCGCCCAUCCAGGGCACCGUUCUUAAAAUAACUAUCUAUGCCAAUAGGGACAACACAACAAAUAUCUUACUUACAUACAUUGGAGCAUCUUCAUCAACUGAACGUCACAAGUUAAAGGUUGAUUCAAUAAGCUCUUUUACCAAAUGGACAUCAGUGAUUGUUUCUGUUCUAAGAGAUUCUGUCAGUGUUUAUAUUGACUGUAAGUAUGUGACCGAAGGACGUUUAUCUGCAUCUGUCAACCUUUCAUUUGACGAAAACACCAUGUUGUCAAUAGGAGCCGAAGGAAAGGGAUACAUAAGCACAUUGAAGAUAUACGACAUGUCACUCCAUACGGUUAGGGACGUGGUGGAAAGAUGCUAUGACGCUUUCAUGGCGUCUUCGAAUGGCGAACUAGAAAAUGCGACAUGUUCACACGGUUAUGUGACGGAACUUCUGAGUACGACAACAACAGCACAUCACACCUUUCGCUCCACGGCUACUACGAAAUCUUUGCUAUCAUGUCCAACAAAUCAGGAUUUCACAGGUUUCCUAUGGCCAAGUGCGGACGCAGGUGAAAUGAAACAGUUCAAUUGUACAGAUAAAUACACUGGUAAUGUGACGAGAAAAUGCAAUGCGGUUGGCGUUUAUGAAAAUCCUGUUUACAAAUGUACGAAAAUAGAAUUACAAAGGCUUUUGGACACGGUUGAAAACGACGGCAUAACGAGUGAAAGUGUAGCAGAAACGAUUAAAAGUCUCAAUUCAGAGAUCACAGUGGAUGCAAACAAAACUCUUCAUGUCGGGGAUAUUGAAGUGGCGACUGAAAUUAUGGAAAUGAUUGUCGAAGCUGAUAUAAAUUCCACAGCAGUAAAAAAUGUCACUGACGCAUUUUUCGAUGUGGUUGAUACUCUUAUCAGCAACAAAACAACCAACUCCUGGGAUGCGCUCAAGGACAAGGGCGGAGCAGCAAGAGUCCUUUAUGUUCUAGACGACUUCAUCGCUAAAGUGGCUAGCAGCAAUUUGACGGAAGUGAAGAAUAUGACGUUUGUUAAAAAUAACCUUUAUAUAAAAAUCGACACGGUAAUUGAUUGUCAAACGGUCAGUUUUCCGGGUGAUGAAAACAGGGGAAACGGUCCAGAUUGGGCAAAACAAAGUAAAGACAAUAUAGAAGUCGAGUGUAGAGACGGAGGGAGUCUUCAGUACAGCGGCUCUCUAUUUCGUAACCUUUCUGCCAUAAUGACUGGGAGAACAGAUGACAAACGGACGACUACUGAGAUCAAUGGACCCGUCUUAUCUUUUAAAAAGCUUGGAACAAAUAAGAUACAAGAUUUUGAAAAAGAAACUGUGAAAAUAGUCUUCCAGAUAUUCAACAGAACCUUAGACGAUCCGAUCUGUUCUUACUGGAAGAAAGAUGAAAUUGGCUCCAAUGGCCAGUGGUUAGAUGACGGGUGUUGGCUAGAAGAUUUUAAUCGGUCAUCUGGAAUUGUGACAUGCGCAUGCUCACAUCUCACGAACUUUGCAGUCCUAAUGAGUCCAUUGGUUACUGUUAGCAAGAUUCAUCAUCAGGCGCUGAGUGCAAUCACAGCGGUCGGUUGCACUCUCUCAAUGACUGGUCUGUUGGCCACAGCAAUCGCGUAUCUCUACUUCUGGAGGUUAGUAAAGUCAGACCGAGCCACACUGAUGAUACAUCUGUGUGUCACACUAUUCGUUGCCUAUCUGGUGUUUUUAAUAGGAAUACAGCGCACAGAAUACACGGUCACGUGUACCGCGAUUGCUGUCGUUCUUCAUUAUGUGUAUCUCGUGGCCUUCUUCAUUAUGCUAGCAGAGGGUGGUGUCAUUUCUUUGAUGGUGCUUCGGCCUCUUCAAAAAGAGGACGUUGUUAGUUUCUUUUUGGCUGCCUCUUACGGCAUACCGCUAAUUAUCGUUGGAAUAUCAAUUGGCGCAACGCAGUUCAGAGGUUACGGAAACGGACAUUUCUGUUGGUUGACGGUUGAAACAGGUCUUUUUUGGGCCUUUGCGGGACCAGUCUUGACCAUAGUCGCAACGAACAUGAUUAUUACGGUACUAGUUUUAAAGCAGCUAUUUGGAGUAUCCACAAUGGCAAAGAAGAAAGAUGUCGAGAAAAUAAAGACCGGAAUUAGAAGCGUAUGCAUCCUUUUGCCCGUACUGGGACUCACCUGGGUGUUUGGCAUCUUCGCCGUCAACAGGGACACCAGUACUUGUUUGCCAUCUUUAACAGCUUGCAGGGAUUCCUGAUAUUUAUAGUGCGGUGUGUGUAUGACAGAAAGGUACGCGAUGCUUUCCGCCAGUCUCGGAUUCGUAUUCCGCUGUUCACAACAACAACUGACGUUCGCACAAUCGAAACAGAAAUGAAAUCCACACAG